CAAAUUGUUUAAAAAUUUAUUUAAUACCUAGUUUAUAUGAAAUAAAAAUGUCGCAACAAGAAAUAUCGUGUGGACUGGAUUAUGUGACAUCUCCAGAUAUACAACAAUGCUUAACAGAAGCAUUACACUUCAAUUAUUCGUUCAUCGUAGCGCCUAUAGUUCACCCACGUUUUCGCCGGUCGGUGCUUCCUAAUGGAAGUGUCGUCGGGGGAUUUACAAGAUCUGACAUGGUCAUAUCACCUCAAGACUGGACGACCAGGAUCGUGGGGAAACUGUCGCCUUAUUUGGAUGUGGAUGCACCGUCGCCAGCGGUUCGUCAACGCCAUGAAGAUUGUAUGAACGAGGAGCUAUCGUACUGCCGCGGCCUUGGCCUGCCUGCUGUUAUGUUGAAUUUACAUUCCAAAAACACUAAUAAUUUAGCUAGAAUAAUGUGUGAUUAUUUUGAGACUAGUUACCAUCCUACAAUAAUAUGGGCAUGUGUCCCAAUGUUCUGCAACAGAACUUUGAUAAACAGUGGACCAGAAAAUGAUGAGGAAAAUGAAGAACCGUGGAAUGAGACUUGGCUCUGGUGGUCUAAAUUCCAUGAGCGUGUCGGGUGGGAGAAGAGAGUUGGGGUGGUCCUUAAAUUGUCGGCAGACCUGCCAUCUCAGGAAAUUAUCAAAAGAUGGCUGGGAGAACCUGUGAAAGCCAUAAUUGUUCCAACUUCUAUAUUUCACAAUAAUAAAAAGGGAUAUCCAGUGCUGUCAAGGGCACACCAGCAGCUGGUAAUCAGUAUGGUGGAACAUGAUGCCCAGGUAAUCGUCAGUGGUGCCAGAAGGUCUAAUGUAGAGCACUACCUCCAGUAUUUGUACCGACUGCAUAAAAGACGACCAAACGCUGUGGAUGAUCCAAUGCUCAGUUAUGCCAGAGGUUGGGAAGACUAUCUUCAAACCCCACUGCAACCACUAGCUGACAACUUAGAUACAUACACAUAUAAUGUAUUUGAGAAAGAUCCAGUAAAAUAUGACCAGUAUCAAAAAGCUAUUGCUAAGGCAUUGGUAGAUUUACAAAAGAAAGCAAUAGCUAAAGCACUGAUAGAUUUUCAUAGUAAAAGAAAAUCUGAUAAUACAGAGAAUUCAUCUGAAGAUUCCUCCAUAAUCAACACUAAUGUGGACAAGUCUGUGACACCAAAGCAAGACCCAGAAGAUGGUACUGUCACAGUGAUGGUGCUAGGGGCUGGCCGCGGCCCUUUGGUCAGGGCAACACUUAAUGCUGCUGAUAUAACUAACAGCAAGGUGAAGGUAAUAGCAGUUGAGAAGAACCCGUGUGCUGUGGUGGUAUUGGCUGCCCAAGUGAGGGAGGUGUGGAAAGACCGAGAUGUCACCGUCGUGCCUGGAGAUAUGAGAUACCUGAAUUUGUCACCAAAAGCCGAUAUUAUAGUUUCUGAGUUACUAGGCUCUUGGGGUGAUAAUGAGCUAUCACCAGAAUGUCUAGACGGUGCAGCUAGUCUUUUGAAAAGCACUGGAAUUUCAAUACCUUGUCAGUACAAGUCCUACGUAGCCCCCAUAUCUACACCUCGACUUUGGUCAGCGGCUAAGGCAGCAACCAACAAUCCUUCACAGGCAGACAAAAACCUCGAAACCCUAUGGGUUGUGUACAUGCAAAACAAACAUGACAUAGCAGAAACAAAGGAAGUAUUUACAUUUGACCAUCCUGCUAAACCUGUCAUAGAUCAUGAGGGUAACGAAAUGACAAAUCACAGAGCCAUGGCAUUAACAGACAACAGAAGGUCUGCCACUGUUAAAUGGGAAGUGACUCAAGAUAAUGUGAUGCACGGUUUUGGAGGGUAUUUCGACUGUCAGUUAUAUGGAGAUGAGACAAUUAGCAUAGUGCCAUCCACACAUAGCCCAGGGAUGAUUUCUUGGUUCCCAGUGUUUAUACCAAUUAAGACGCCUAUAAGAGUUAAGAAGGGUGAUUUUAUUGAAGCAACAUUCUGGCGAUGCGUUAAUGCUCGCAGAGUUUGGUAUGAAUGGAUUGUGGAAGUGGACAACCGCAUAACACCACUUCAUAAUCCCAAUGGACGCAGUUCUGAAAUGCUGUUAUGAUUGUUUUGCAACAUAAUAUUAUGUUACUAAGAAUAUAUUAUUUUGCUAUUGAAAUUU